CAGCCUUAUUUUGACAUUCGCUUUCAUGCGAAAGUUAUUCGAUUUCGAAAGAUUCGAAUUUUCAGUUUCGAACGAUUCGAAAGUUCAUUUAUUUUUUGAAAAUCAAGCAAACCUUGACUUUCUAAUCAUUCGAAUCAAAUGUCAUUUAUCUGACGUUAGCAUUUUUGUGUCGAAUAAGAAAAGAAAACAUGUCACAAUCCAAUUGGACUAAUAGAGAGCAGAAGGAAGUAUUCAUUAAAUUGAUGGAAGAAAAUCCCCAGAUAGCUAAAGGAUUUUCAACAAACCGGGUGGAUACUGACCGCUUUUGGAGGGAAGCAGCAGAGAAAUUAAACAGCUUUGGACCUCCUGCUAAAGAUGGCGCAACCUGGAAAAAGGUUUGGGCAGAUUUCAAGUCAAAAACAAAAAAGAAACUAGCAGAUAAUGAAGUGAAGCGGAAGCAGUCGGGCUUCAAUGACAAUAAUUUACAAGCACUUACUGAAUUCGAGGAAGCAAUUGUCAGGAUUACCUCCCUUAUCCAGUCCGUUCAUGGCAUAAGUGCCAGGGUAUUUGGGAUAAAUCCGGUAGAAGAGACGGCGACAGCUUCUAAGGACGUAUCUAUGAAUUCAUGCUUAGAAGAAAAUCUGGAAACAGACGCUGUAAAUGAAAGCCAAGAAAAUUUAUCUGAAAAUUGUCGCAAUAGACCAAAAAAAGACACUCCAGUUCAAAUUCUGCAAAAGCAGAAUGAAGUUCAGGAAGUUUUUUUUGAUCAAUUGUGUUCCAAGUUGGAUCAUAUUAAAGACGAACUUCACCGAAUGACUAGGUGUUUACAGAAGACCGAAGAUAUUCAAAAAAAAUCAUAUGAAGAAAAUCGUCGCCAUAAUCUUGCCGUCGAAAGUUUAAUGAAGCAGAAGUUGGAUCUGAAAAAAAAAGUUUUGGAAGUUCAACUAGACCAGGUCAUGGCAAGGCUAGAGGCUGCAUAAGAUUUUGAAUCGUUCCACAAACAUUAAAGCUAAAGAAUGCUAUUGAAAUAUUUGUUUUUUAUGUAUAAUUUUAAUUAAUUUUCUUUUAUUUGUGUUCCUACUGAAAUGAAAUAAAUAAGACUGAUACAGUGAUAUUUAAUAUGUA